AUGGUCCGGCCUCUAGAAGUUGGAGGAUAUACGGAUGCUGAUUGGGUUGGAUCAAUAAGUGAUCGAAGGUCAACUUCUGGAUACUUCACUUUUGAUGGUGGAAAUCUUGUUACUUGGCGUAGCAAGAAAAAAAUUAUUGUGGCUAGGUCAAGUGCGAAAGCUGAAUACAGGGCCAUGGCACAUGGUGUACAAGAAUUGUUGUGGUUGAAGAUGUUGCUUGGGGAAUUGGGUUUCAAUCUUGAGAAACCAAUGAAUCUUUACUGCAACAAUAAGGCUGCCAUUAGUAUUGCUAAUAAUCAUGUUCAGCAUGAUCGUACAAAACAUGUUGAUGUGGAUAGACACUUCAUCAAAGAGAAGUUUACAAAUGAGAUUACUAGUAUGCUAUUUGGUCGCAGAAUUGCAUAUUGCAUUGGGUUGGUGUCAAAGGGUUUUAAUUUAUUGGAUCGCAAAAAUUAUGGUGGUACUGUGGGCAUCAAGGUUGAUAUUGCUAAGGCUUUAGACACUUUGAAUUGGCAAUUCCUUCUCCAAGUUCUGGAGCAGUUUGGUUUCUCUUCACGGUUCAGGGAUAUGGUUCAUACAAUUCUCCAAUCAGCAAGAUUAUCAAUUUUAGUAAACGGGUCUCCCCAUGGUUUCUUCUCUUGUGCUCGCGGGGUUAGACAGGAUGAUCCUCUUUCCCCACUUCUAUUUUGUCUCGCUGAGGAAGCUCUUAGUAUGGGACUUUCUUCUCUUUUUUCUUCUGGAAGAGUAAAGUCUAUAUCUUUGCCAAGAGGCUGCAAGCUUACUCAUGUGCUCUAUGCUGAUGAUUUGUUCAUUUUCUGCAGAGGUGAUGUUUCAUCCCUUAAUCGUUUGCAAUUAUUUUUGGACUCUUAUGGUGCUGCUUCUGGACAAUUGGUUAACAAAAAUAAAAGUACCUUCUAUAUGGGGGAUUCUUAUUCUCAUCGGCAUAAGCAUGUUCAAAGAAUUUUGAGGUUUAAGUCAGGGGUUGCUCCUUUCACUUAUUUAGGUGUUCCUAUCUUCAAAGGUAAGCCACGAUGUGUUCAUCUUCAGUCUAUUGCUGACAAAGCAAAAGCGCGUCUUGCUGGGUGGUAUGGAAAAUUAUUAUCUAUGGCAGGCCGAGUUCAAUUGGUUCAUGAUAUUUUUCAAAGUUUAUUUCUUCAUAGCUUUUCAGUGUACUUGUGGCCACCAUCUUUGUUGAAACAUUUAUCGGCUUGUGCACGAAAUUUUAUUUGGUCUGGAAAUAUUGCCGUUAGGAAAAUGGUUACCGUCUCUUGGUGCCAAGUUUGUGCUCCUAAAGCUGAGUCUGGGCUUGGUUUGCGGGAUCUUCGGACUCUUAAUAGGGCUGCUCUCUUGACCAUGGGAUGGAGUACUCUCACUUUGAAAUCUCUAUGGAGUUCUUUUGCUUGUACGAGGUUCUCGAUCUCCUGUCAUAUGAAUAAUCGCUAUUUUGGUUCGUCAUUAUGGCAGGGGUUGAAAGCUACUCUUCCAAUAAUUUUCCAACAUUCCAGAUGGCUCAUAGGAGAUGGUAAGUCUGUUCUUUUUUGGUCUGAUCGGUGGCUUGAUACUUCUCUUCUUGAUAAGCUGCAGGUCAAUCGUUUCCCUAAGCCUUUAACAACUACUAUAGCUUCUUUUAUUUCUGGUCAGCAAUGGAGUUUGCCACACCGUUUCUCUACUUUAUUUCCAGCUCUGGUAGAUGAGAUUCAUAGUUUGCCCCUCCCUAUUGUCCUUGAAGAUGAUCUUUUGAUUUGGGAGGAUUCGGGUAAUGGGUUUUUCUCCUUUUCUGAGGGAUGUAAUCUUCUACGUCCACACUUUGCUUCUAAUGGUCCACAAGCUCAAGUUUGGAGGCAUUUUAUUCCACCACGGUUCUCUAUACUUGUUUGGUGCCUCCUCCAUAACAAGUUACCCACAGAUGACCAACUUCAACGACGGGGCAUCCCAUUGGUUUUGUUUUCUGCUCCUCAUUUGCCUGGUUAUUCCCGCUGUGUGUUGGACUCUCAGUUGCUAGUGAGCCUGGGAAUCCAACCAGUUGCUCGUAAAUCAGUUGCUCCUCGGUUGGUUCUUUGGCAUCACCCUAUUUUUCCUUGGAUUAAGCUUUACACUGAUGGGUUAGCUAAAGGUAAUCCUGGCCCUGCAGCUUGUGGUGGUCAAUAA